AUGCCCGUUACAGUCAUUUGGGAAGACAAUGAUAUAGGGUCCUCAUCCCCGAAUAUUCGGUUUGGGCUGGACGGGGGUGAGGCCCCUAGGGACAAUUUACGCUUCCGUGGUCAUAAACAAGGCAAUUCGGCUGUCGUAAAUGAAGGCGACCGACCAUCAGAAGAGAAUUUGCCAGUGAAAGAGAUGGGUGAUCUGGAGACUAACUACAGCCAAACGAACUGGGUGGUCGUGCCACCAGUGAGAAAGGAACCAUAUUGUCAUACAUGCAAGACAGUGAAAGACUUCGUGGAGGCUCAGGAUGAUGACUAUUUAAGGCAUUCUGACCUUUACCCCAUCGGUUGGCGACCGACAUUGCCCACUACUGAGAAGUGGCUCAAGGAAGACCAGUUCACUGGCGGUUGCCAGCCGCCAGUCGUCGAGAAGAAACAUGAGAUAGACGCAAGGGAGCCGAAGGACAUAAAGCAAAAUAACAGGGAUCCGAAAACCGACAAAUAUUCUCGAGCUAAACACAAAAGCGAUGGUAACAACAUAGACCCUGAGAAUGUCACAAAUCUGGACGAAAACCAUCUCGAUCGAAUAAAUCAAGACAGCGGCAUCAACGGACACAAUAAGGGCAAUGAACUAAUCGACACUUCCACAAAUGAAGGGCUGGUCAAGGCUCUCAGCCGUGAAAUAGAUUUUGUGGCGUCUAUCCGCAGCUACGAUGGUCAAGGCCGUUCACCCAUGGCUGAGGUUGAGUAUCCCAUCACCAUCGAUGAGGCUGACCAGUUCACCGUUGAUAACUGGGUCACUCGGUCAUCGGAACGAAUUCGGAAUAACGGAAACUAUCCGAUGAAUGCAGAGCCUCAGAUAGACAAACUUUUUAAAGCUGGGUUACCACUCCGAAUCAUCUGCACUAUUAUCCCGCUUGACUACGCCCUAGAUCAGACAAACGACGUUCUCUUGGCUUACAAGAUGAAUGAUGCUCUCCUGCCCCCAGACCAUGGAUUUCCGUUGGCAUUGGUGAUACCUGGUUAUGUUGGUGACCAAUGGGUCAAAUGGCUAACGAAAAUUUGGGGGUCGGACGGGAGCGACAACUAUUACCACAAGAACAACAUUCACGUCCUGCCAAGUUCUAUCAAGGAUGGGGAAUCGGACCUCGCGAAGAUUAUGUUUAAGCACGCGAGCACGGCCUGCAACGAACAGGUCCCAAAUUUGGUCGUUGUAAAGCUUGCACACAAGGAGCUGGUUAAAGUAGAAGGCAUUGACCCAGAAGAGGGAUACCGCGUGCAAGGAUUUGCAUAUAGUGGAGGAGGCCAGGAGGUCAAGAACGUUGAAGUCAGUCUAGAUAAAGGCAAGAAUUGGCGUCCGUGUGUCAGAACGCUUCCCCAAAACGCGCUCCGACAUGUUAACAAGUUCUGGGCCUGGAUCCACUGGUAUAUCGAUAUCAAAAGAGCUGAACUUUGCGAGGCACCCAGCAUUGCAGUCCGCUGUUACGAUUCCUCCAAACAUACUCAGCCGGAGCAUCCAAUCUGGAACCUUUUGGGUUUGCUAAACAACUGUUGGUGCACCCUGAAACGUGAAACCUUAGAAGACUCUCAGAGUGACGAGACUAUUGUCUGUUUCCUCCACCCCUGUGAGCAAGGGAACGGGACCUCUGGCUGGAUGAAACCUUCCGGUGAACGACAACUUCAGGAUAUACAAGAUCCGCCUCCGUGUCUACCCCGGGAGUUCACUGUACAGGAAAUUCAAGAAGGCAGCACAGAAGAUAAAUGUUAUGUUGUACUGAAUGAUUUUGCUGGCAAGAGCACAAUUCUAGCACACGCAGGGAGGUUAAAUCCAUCUACAACGGAGGAGUUUGACAUUUUCCACGCUGAGAACAGAGAUGAUGUGAGGAGCUGGGCAAGUGAAUAUAUCGUCGGUGUCCUCGACGACAAUGUCAAGAAAUAUCGGGAUGAGCAAGCAAAAAAGAACGAUAGGCCACACGACGAUAAAUUUGCAACAAGACAGCAUCGAUGGACCGAGGUGGCAUUCCACAAAAAGGAGCCCUUGUCCCAAGACAGUCUCUUUCACCGGUACACAUUUAAGCUGCUUUCCGACAAGCCGCUUGGGCUGGAUGCCUGCCAUAAUCUUCAACUCGGGUACCAUUUCCAAGACGCUCUCGCUGUCCGCUACUACACACCAACGCGGCCAAUAUUUGAAGAUAAAUAA